UUGUGAUUUAGACGUGUGUUUGGAAUUUGUAAUUGUGUGUUAGGCGAGUGAACUUCUCUAUGCUACAUGAUAUUUUAUAAUUGUGUAGUAAAAUGAAUAAACAUGUUAGAGAAGUUUUUCAUUUUUGUGAGAGGCCGUUUUUUUAAGUGAAAAAUAUUUUUUCUCGCUUUCGUUCUUCUGAAAACUGAAUUGGCCUUUAGUUGAAGACUUUUCAAAAUGGCGUCAUGAUAUUGUUGGUUGUAUAUUGUAAAUACAUUCUGUUCUGUGCUUAAAGCCCAGUUAAAAUGAGUACUGUGUGGAAACGACUCCAGAGAGUCAAUAAACGGGCUGCUAAAUUCCAGUUCAUUGCCUCAUAUCAAGAGCUUGUUGUAGAAAGUACUUUAAAAUGGCAGCCACACAAACUCUGCGUCGUUUGGACUAGGCGAAGUCGAAGAGUUGUAACUGAGCCUCUUAUAUGGAAAAGUACUAUUACUAACCCCUUAAGAGGUUCUGUUGUGUGGCCAGUGCCUGAAAAUAAAGAAGCAACUAUAACUUUAUUCAGAGACCCACGAAGCAAUGAAUUUGAAGAUAAGUGCUGGACAUUUACAGUUGAAGAUGUUUCUGAAUCUGGCAAGCACAGACAGGUAGCCUGUGCAAGUGUAAAUAUGAAAGAAUAUGCAAGCUUAACCCCUCAACAAAAAGAAGUAAAAAUCAAUUUAAAGCCCAUGACAAAAAAAGUUGUUGAAGUUGUUUUAAGAUUUACACUUUCUUGUAAACUAGUCAAAGAAGGAAAAGCAACAGAUGAGGAUAUGCAAAGUAUAGCAAGUCUGAUGAGUAUUGGCAGUGUAUCAGUGCCUGAUGUUGGAAAUCUUGAUGAUUUUGAAGAAGAGAAGGAAUUAGAUAAAUCACAGACUAUUGCAAAAAUAUCAGAACUUGCUUCUCAACUUGGACAGCUUGCUAAAGGUGUUGAAGUAGUUUCUGAUGAUAAGGAUACUACAGGUGUAGCUGAAUGUCAAUCAGAGGAGGGAAAUCUUGAAGACAAGGAAGGAAGUGUUGAAGCAAAUACACUGAACUUUAUUGGUAGCAUGAGUUCUCCUUCGGAGAAGGAAUUUCAAGAUGAAAGCAUGAGUUUUGAUGAGUCCAACUCAUCAAAGAUCCUCUCUAUAGAUGAAAGCUGUCAUUCACUAGGUGGCGUUGGAGAAUUGUUAACUUGGUGUAAAGAAGUAACAAAAGGUUACAAAGGUGUGAAUAUUACAAAUAUGACAACAUCUUGGAGAAAUGGUCUGGCUUUCUGUGCAAUAAUUCAUCACUUUCGACCUGAUUUGAUAGAUUUUGAUUCUUUGACUCCACAUAACAUCAAGGAUAAUUGUAAAAAGGCUUUUGAUACAGCAGAGAGUCUUGGUGUUCCAAAAGUUAUUGAACAUACUGAUAUGGUGAUUCUAGCUGUUCCAGACAAAUUGGCUGUUAUGACAUAUCUGUAUCAACUGAAAGCUUUUUUCUGUGGGCAAAAGCCAGUUAACUUAAAAUUAUCUCCUGAAGAUCCAAAUAAAACUAUCUGUGACUUUGCUACUGAAGCAGAUAUUAAAAAUCAUAAUUCAGAUGUAAUAGACGGUUCUGCUAAAAAUAUUAUUGAAGCAAUUAAUGAAGAAAAUGAACAGCAUAAUACAGUGAUAUCAGCGAACCUAAUUAGCAACUUUAGUAACAAAGUAAAACCUGUAAAUCUUAUUGAUCUUGAGUGCCUUAAUUCUGAAAAUCAAAGAAGUAAAGUUUUGUUCCCCAAUAAUGCUCAAAAUAAAAAGGGGAAUGUUGAGCGUUCAUUUUCUAAGUUAUUAUAUCACAGGAAAUCAAAACUUGCUCAGUCUAGUGAUGUUAAGAAAGAUUUGCAUCAACCCAAAUGUAAUUUGGAUGAUAAUUCACAAACUUUAAAUUUUGUUUCACACAAAACAGAAGAUAAUACAAAAAGUUCUCUUCUAGUCAGUGCUGAGAAACAGCGCCCGAAGCUGAUGACAAGGAAGCAGUUAAUGAAUCCCUUUGAUUCUGAUAGUGAAGAAGAGGAAGAACUCCUGAAAACACAGAGUUCUUUGCCACUGAGCUCAUCAACACCCGUGAAGAAAAAUUGUGAUGAAAUAUGUAGAUCUGCUAAUGAAAAUAAAAAAUAUGCUGACUCUUUGUAUUGUCACCACGGAGUGCCUCCAAUAAUUGCAGAUGAAAUAGUUGAUCCAGAAAAUACCGUUAGCUUAUUAACUGUAGAUCUUUCAGAUAUUGAAGUGCCAGGGCUUCUUGAUUUGUCUCCUACGCGAGUGACAAAAAGCUCAUCUUCAUCACAAGAUAAUAUCAAUGAAAAGAUAAAGGGUCCUCCUACACGUGAAGAAAUUCUAAAGGAGAAGGCUCAUCAGCUGUUAGAGAUGACACGCAGAGAACUUUUUAAUCCACAGUAUAAAGACAAGAAUGGUUUAACAAACAGUUCUAGUCAAAAAGACCUUGAAAGACAGAUGAUGCUUAGAGAAAAAGCCAAAAAGUUAAUUGCUGAAACACGGAGGGGUUUAAAACCAGACCUAGAUGGCUUUUAUCUUCAGUCUUCAGGUCUCUCUGGUGGUGAAGUGCAAAAUGCUGCUACAUAUGUAGAUCAGGUUCCUGAAUCUCUCAAAAGUGUGAAUUUGAGGAAUUCUCGUUCUUCUGAAAGUUUCCCCAUUAAAGGAUCCUAUUCAUCCAAUAUCUGCAGUCAUGAAAAUUUAAAUAUUUUAGCAGAAAAUCAGAAAAACGGAAACAAUUUGCUCUUGCAAAGUAAUUCAAAAAAAAUUAUAGACCAGUCCCCUGAUCUAUUUCAUGCAGGCAUACCAGAUCAGUAUAAAGGUGUGCAUUCCAUGAAAUCAACCUUUGCCAGAAAAGGUGUUCAGUCAUCAUUUCCAAAUAAGCCAAUUUCCAGGACACAGCACUCAUUAGAUAACAGCCAUUACAUAUAUCUGGAAUUAGAAGAUGUAGAGAAAAAGAUGAAACAAAUUGAUAAGCUAGCAGCUCCUUUGGAAAAAAAGUUACGUGUUGCUAUGAAAGAGAACAGUGAUGUUUUGGAAGACAAACUGAUGAAAAAGUGGUUUGCUCUUGUGAAUGAAAAGAAUGCAUUGCUGCGUAGACAGAUGCAACUGAACAUCUUGUAAGUGUGUUAUUUG